CCUCGCACUAGCUAGCGGCUUUUCCAUAGUUUUUAUCAUCAAUUAUUGACUUGCUGACUGCUGACAAAUAAUAAGAAACAGUUUCAACAAAUUCUACCCAAAAAAGGUAAACGAUCUGAUCAGUAGUAAAGAAGGAUGGACUCGCCGCCGCCUGCGGCUGCCGGAGGAAACAAAGUACCACCGUCGUCGUCGUCAAAGACUGCAGAAUUGGAUGCUCCGCUGCACGCAAUUGGCUUCGAAAUUGAUGACCUCUCACCUAAUAAAGUCACCGGCCACCUUCUAGUCACCCCAAAGUGCUGUCAACCGUUCAAGGUGUUGCACGGAGGGGUGUCGGCUAUGAUAGCGGAGGCGCUGGCGAGCAUAGGCGCCCACCUCGCAUCGGGCCUUCGGCGAGUGGCCGGAAUACACCUUAGCAUCAGCCAUCUCAAGAGUGCCCAAUCCGGAGACGUUGUCCUUGCCGAAGCCACUCCUAUAUAUGUUGGCAAAACCAUUCAGGUUUGGGAGGUGAAACUUUGGAAGCAAGAUCCUUCCAAGUCUGAGAACAGAACUUUGAUAUCAUCGUCUAGAGUGACUCUUCUUUGUAACAUGCCUGUGCCAGAAACUGUCAGAGAUUCUAUAGAAAAUCUCAAAAAAUAUGCAAAACUAUGAGUUUAAUUCAAUGUAAUGCAUUGCUAUAACUGUUAAAUAAAGUUAUCUUCAGUCAAAUUAAACUGUUGAACAAGUCUGCAUAUAGCCCCAGAAGAAACCGCAGACUCUUCACAAUUAAGGAAACUCAAAUAGAUUGUUUUUGUUCAUCCUGCUAAAUCCACAGUUUGACAUGCAAAACUAGCAUUAAGCUGUACGAA